CACCCAUCUGUCGUUCGCAAGCAUCACUUUCCUAUACUUCAGCUCUCUUAAUCAGCUUUAGCAAAGUCAUUACGUGUUGUAGCAAUCGCUUCGACAUGCGUACCUUUACUCUCAUUGCUGUCGCUUCAGCGGCGAUCGUAUCCGCUCAGACAGCUGCUCAGAACGCCACUGCUGCCGCGCUUGCUGCUCAGAUUCCCGCUUGUGUGAUCCCCUGCGAUGAUGCCGCCAUUUCCUCCGUCGGCUGCGGCUUGACCGACUACGCAUGCCACUGUGCCCACGGCACCCAGCUCUCUCAAAUCAUCCCAGGAUGCCUGGCGAACUCCACCUGCAGCCAAAGCGAUCUUGCUCUCUUCGCGUCCAUCCCUCCAAAGAUCUGCGCGGCCCUGAACAGCUCCGCAAACGCAACGUCUACGACCACUGCCACGCCAGUCGGCACAGCAGUUUCUUCCGGCAGACCAAGCGCAACUGCCAACAGUACGACUACGAGAACGACUUUCGUCUCCAACACCGGCUCAGCCACCGCAACGCCUUCGGGCCCAAGCGCUAGCCCGAGCGCUCCAGCGCAACAACACUCCGGUGCUGGUUCUCUCAGCCCAGUCAUCAGCGGGCUGUUCGGUCUGCUUGGUGCUGGGCUGCUCUUUGCUGCAUUGUAAUGAGCUUUUUAACAUAAGAAUUACUUCAUCUUUUUGAGCGUUUUGUACAAUUAAAAGCAUAAUCAGGCGCAAGAUGCAUUUGCGGGCGCACUGCACAACU